AUGAAGGAGGUACAUUCGCAUCCAAUGUCGCCAGGGGAUCCGCUGGGGUUCACCCUCAUCCGGGUCCCCUUCUUCCUCGAGCCGGACUAUCCGCGCGACGAGGAGUUCGGGGAGACGAACAGGGAGAGGCUGGUCCGCAAGUGGGGAGGGAUCAGGGGUUGGGAGAGGCAGAAGCAGCAGCACAAGCUCAAGGAGCGCGGGCAGGAGGUGGGCAUUGCGCACUUCAAUCUGGACAGGAUCGCCUCCAGCACCUUCAGGAGCCACCGGCUGGUGCAGUGGGUGACGAAGACGCGCGGUAUCGUCGCGGCAGAGACGCUGUACGAUCUGCUCAACUACCGGCACUUCGAGGUAGGAGAGAAGCUCAACAGUACCCAGCUGCUCACGGACGCGGCGAGCAGAAUCGGCAUCGACAGGAAGGAGGUGGAGGACUUCUUGAGCUCGGAGGAGGGAACGAGAGAGAUUCAGGAGGCGCAGCUUGCCCUGCGGAGGCUGAACAUCAACAGCAUCCCAACCUUCAUGAUCGGGGGAGAGUACAUGUUCAGCGGGGCCCUCCACCACAAGGAGAUGGUGCAGGUGUUCAGGGAGAUCGAGAAUGAGGGAGGAGCACCGGGCUCUUGCUUCGCUAAGAUCCUUGGGAUCGGCGAGGACGUGCUCGAGCAAACGAUCGACCUUGACAAGCCGCCAAGAUGGGAACAGGCAUGA